GCGGUGCCCGUCCCGCCUCCAGCCGGGCCUGUGCGCGCGGCCCGGUGCAGGCCAGGGAGCCGGCGUCCCCUCCGACCGCCCGGGAAGGUCCAGGGCGCGCGAGCAAGGCCGCGGAUCCGCCUCUCCUUUCGCUCCGCGCCCCACGAUGGCGGGCGGGCGCUGCGGCCCGCUGCUCACGGCGCUCCUGGCCGCCUGGGUCGCGGUGGCGGCGGCCGCGGACGAGGCGGAGGAGGCCGGGCCCGAGCACGCUGCGCUGCCGGCCGAGCAGAGCAUGGUGCUUCCCAUGACUGCCUCCAACUGGACGCUGGUGAUGGAGGGCGAGUGGAUGCUGAAAUUUUAUGCCCCUUGGUGUCCAUCCUGCCAGCAGACUGAUUCAGAAUGGGAGACAUUUGCAAAGAAUGGUGAACUCCUUCAUAUCAGUGUGGGGAAGGUAGAUGUCAUUCAAGAACCAGGUUUGAGUGGCCGCUUCUUUGUCACCACUCUCCCAGCAUUUUUUCAUGCAAAGGAUGGGAUAUUCCGUCGUUACCGUGGCCCAGGAAUCUACGAAGACCUGCAGAAUUAUAUCUUAGAGAAGAAGUGGCAAUCAGUUGAGCCUCUGACUGGCUGGAAGUACCCGGCUUCUUUAACGAUGUCUGGAAUGGCUGGCCUUUUUAGCAUCUCUGGCAAGAUUUGGCAUCUUCACAACUAUUUCACAGUGACCGUUGGAAUGCCUGCUUGGUGUUCUUAUGUCCUUUUCGUCAUUGCCACCUUGGCUUUUGGCCUUCUCAUGGGUCUGGUCUUGGUGUUAAUAUCAGAAUGUUUCUAUGUGCCAUUUCCAAGGCAUGUAUCUGAACACCCCGAGCAGAGUCGGAAGUCAGAGGAGGCUCAUAGGGCUGAACAGUUGCUGGAUGCAGAGGACGAAAAAGAUGACUCAAACGAAGAAGAAAACAAGGACAGCCUUGUAGAUGACGAGGAAGAGAAAGAAGACUUUGGUGAUGAGGACGAACCAGAGGAAGAAGAGGAGGAGGACAACCUGGCUGCUGGUGCCGAUGAGGAGACGAGUGACACCCAGGACCAGGGGCCCCCGAGGGAGCCCCUGGAGGAAAGAGAACCCAAUGAGACUAAGGAAGAUGCCGCUGGGCAGCCCCGUCCAUCUGACACGGAAGACACAGUGAGGCAGCGCAAAAGUCAGCAUGCUGAUAAGGGACCUUAGGUUCACAGACUAUUUCCAAGAACAUAGAGCAGAGGAGUGUGCCGGCUUCCCUCUGUCUGCAGUCUAAACCAAAAUCCUCCUUGUUUCCCGAGCAAGCUUCUCUUAAAAAUCCACCUUAGUCAUGUAGUCUCGGCAUUAAGCCUAAUGUAUAUUAAUGAGACUCCUUCAAGCCUGACAAUCAGAAUGCGUGGUGUUCGGAUAUGCUUGGGGAUUCGGGAUGGGCACACAUGCAUCCACUUGGGGCGAGAGAGUUUUGACCAGAGGUAGCGAUGCCCAGCCCUCGUGAGGACUGUUCAUUGACAAGGCUGCAGGCCCCAUAAAGUGAAAGCAAAGCAGCCUGUGCAUCCUCAUGUGUAGCAGAAGUCUUGCUUCUCCUGUGUUAAGAAGUUACUUUUGUCAAACUAUAAGAAACAUCAGGCACCAUAGUACUGGGUCACUUUUUUUUAGAGAGAAAUGGAGCGGGCCCUGGAUUAUUGUAGAAAAGAGCUUGGCAGUUGUCUUGACUUUAAAUUUCCAUUGUUAUGUCUUAUUUCUUACCUGUCCCAUUUCCAGCUGUCCUGCCAACAGCCUGCAGGCUCCCCACACUUCACAAUGCUUCCUAGUGAGACAUCAGCUGCGUUUAGUGGAUUUAAGGGUUUAGUUAAUCAAAAACCGCAGCCCAUGAAGGUGGACUGCCAAGCAGCUCAAAUGAAUUAUUGUAACCUUUGGGGAUUCAAAAAGUGGUAGGGAUUUUACAGGAGACAAUUUUGUUGUUUUUUGCCAAAAUGGAGUAAUUUUUUUUCCCCAAAAGUCCCUUCAGCAAUAUUCCUUCCCAACCCAGAAGUCCCCUAAGUCUUGCCAGUACAAGAUAGUCUUGUGAAGAAAACUUGAAUACUAUGUUGUUUUGUUUUCAUCUCAAGGGGUUCCCUGGCCUUGAACCACUUUAAUAAUAACUGAACAUUUCUGGUUCUCCUUCAGUGAUGUGCUUUUGGUGAAAGAAUUAAUGAAAGUGAGUAUCUGGAAAUGAAAGAUUUGGUUUCAUUUCCUUUUUUCUUAAUCUUGUAAAGAAUUUUAUCCCUGUAAAUCUCUCAGUGCUCAAUCUACUAAAAGUACUCAGGAGGCCCAAUUUCUUUUAAAAAAUCCAUCCAUCCACUUCUGCCUUACUUGAUUUAUGUUUUAGAAUAAAUUCAUAAAAUUAGAUUCCAAACCUUAUGAAAGAUGACUAAAGUUGAUUCUACACCCCUUAGGUCCAGACAGAAUAAUAAGUAGUGCAGGCUUAUGAAAUUUAAAAGUUUCUGUCAUUUUAAGAAAGAAAUAUGCAGUGUACUCUUAUCUGGCUGUUUAGAUAACCCUUUUCUUCCAUUAACUUUGAACACGGGAUCAUUGGAGGGAGGGAGCGGUUCUGAAACUUGCUCUCUUUCUGUGCUUGAAUGAGCCUGUUGCAAAUUUACACAAAAGGGGUUUUUAUUCUGCCAGAAUCUAAUUUUUAGAGAUGGUUAUUUUUCAUCUUUCCAAUUCAGUUACCUGACAGCCUCAUCCUGCAGCAUGAGAGUCACCAGAUUUUUUGCCCUAGCUGUUUUGGCUCAGUGGAUAGGGUGUCAGCCCACAGACUGAAGGGUCACAGGUUCAAUUCUGGUCUAGGGCCUGUACCUCAGUUGUAGGCUCCCACAUGGAUGUGUUCUAGUCAGAGCUCUUGCGGGAGGCAACCAAUUGAUGUGUCUCUCACAUGGAUGUGUUUCUCUCUGUCUCUCCCCCUCCCCACCCUUUCUAAAAGUCAAUAGAAAAAUAUCCUCGGGUGAGGAUUACCCCCCAAAAUAACAAAGAGUCACCAGCUUUUGGCAGCUAUGAAGCUGGGGAAAUCCUGACCAGACCAAGGACAUAGGAUCUCAUUGUCCUCCCAGCCCUUCAACCCUUCCCCAAAGACCCUCAAUAAGAUGGUUUGACAACCCCCCGUGAACCCCCCAAAAAAGAGUCACCAAUAAUAGUUUUUCUCUUCAGACAGCAACACAACCUCAAGUUAGAGGCCAUCAGAAAACUGAGGGGCUAGGAAAAUCUUGAAUUUGCUUAUUUUCUUUCCUUCCGUAAGGUACGUCUCUGAUACAUCUUAACCCAAAAUGCAGUCGUUCUGAUGGUGGCGGCUCCCUCUCCCUGAUCCUGGGAAGCUUUUCUGGAUCAUUGCUGAGCUGGGCGUGCCCUCUGGCACUGGAUUUCUUCCUCUUACAAUCAGCUGAAUUGAGUUUUCAAAGAUCAUUAAGCUCAAGUUCAGAGCUACAGACUAAGAAAGGAUUCAGUUUGGCUUUUCUGUAUAAGCUCCCCUCCUUUGUAAUAACAUCAUUUUUUUUUUUAAGUGGAAUAUUUGACUAGAGAGGAGGGAAUGAAAUCUGCUUUGACUUUUUAGAAAUGUAAGGCCAAUUUCCAGUUGGACCCCAAAUUUUAUAUAUAUAUAUAUAUAUAUAUAUAUAUAUAUAUAUAUAUAUAUAUAUACAUAUAUAUAUAUAUAUAUAUAUAUAUUUCUCAGCAAUACUUUAAAAAAAAUGGAGUGAGCAAAGAAAAGCAUCUUGGAGAAGAAAAUUCAUUAGAAGUUUAAAAGUCUGGCUAUGCAAACCAUUUUCCCCCCCUGUUUUUCCUGUUUUUCAAUAUCCUGGCAAAAGAUGGAGUUUUUACCAAGUGGUCUGAUAAAUACUCAACUAAUUUCAUUUCUUUCCACCUGAGGCCUUUACGUUGUUUUCAGUAGUGACUGAAUGUAAAACUAAAGGCAAAAAGUCAACCUAAAAUAAUUUGAAAUUAACAUUUCAAUGGGAUUUUAAGGAUAUUUCUUAUAUUUAUUCCAGGAGUCAAGUGCAUGGAAAUAGGAUUUUCAUUUUAAAAGUAAACAUUAGCCAUGCUUUCCUAUAUUGUAGUAUCAGUUAUUUACUUACACAAUAGUAUUUUGUAUAAAUCAAAAUCAGGUGAAUUAAAAGUAACUGAGUAGUUGGAGCAGGUGCCUUUUCAUCAAUGAGGCACCUUCUACCUAGCUUUUUCUUAGUUUCCUUUAUUACAUCUCUUCCUAGGCCUGUUCCACUACCCAACUUGCUUAGCGAUCAUAUAUUGAGGUAGCAAACAAGCGUUGGUCAGGUUGGCUUUUGACACUGGAGAAAGCCACAUUUUUAUUUAUUUAUGGCCCAAAUCUGUUGAUAGCUCUGGUGUUGCUACAUGAUUUGGGCAUAUGUAAGCCUGCAUCCUGUAAUACCUUCGGAGUAGAUGAUAAAAAUAUCUUUCAGGGGAAGUAUUUACUGUUACUGUAUUACUGAGUCAAGAGUGAAGGAUGGGAAACAUUAAAGAGUCAAUAAAAAGUAGACAAGCCAGGGUACACCUGAGAUUUCAGCACCUUAAAUUGGCUUGAAGUGAGAGAAAGGAGAUUGGUGCUUUUGCUAAUGUAUCAAUGUCUGUCUGUCCCUUAUCUCCAUGUCGAAGUGUUAUUUCUGCCAGUGUUAUAAAUGUGUGGUAGACCCAUCCUGUUAAAUAUGACAACAUUUUGGAAAGUAUUCACAUCCUUUGUGCCAACAGAAAAGUUCCUUGUUUAGUAUCUCUUUACCUCAGUCCUACGUUUUGAUUCUCCUGAGGUUACAGCUUGUCUUGCAACCAAAGUGGAGUCAUCAAGUCUGAUGAACCUCCAACAGCUUGUGAACAGCUUUCCUGAACCAGGAGGUUCUGUUGAAAGGCCCGUGACAGCUUCAGACCAGGACUUGGCCUUCAGGUGGCUUAUUCUCAGUAAAGUUUCCUGUGUACUGUGACAUUGUACUUGUAUAUGUGAGACAUACUAGGUACACCUUUGACGUGUUUCCAAUAUAGUGCAAUUGUAUUUGUUACUAAAUAGCUUCUUUGUGCAAAUGCAAUUUUUAUACUGAAAAUACUUCUUAUUUGUAUUGCAAUACAUUUUAAAUUUAUUAUUUAUAUUCCUUGUAAUAGUCUUGAUUAUUUAGCCCACGGUACUUAAUUAUUUUCCUCUUCAUCCAUGUAUUUAUUCUUUGCCUCCUCAAAUAGUAUCUGCAGCAACUGGAACCAAGAUAGGAGUUUCUAGCAGAACGUUGCCUGAAUUGCAAAGCACCUUAAUCACAGAAUUGUACAUAAUCCUUGAUCCUGUGUUUUCAUUUUAUGUAAAUUUCCAUUUGCCUCAAAACCUGUGAUAGUGCUAAGUAAAAACAAAACCAUCCAUUGCUUUUCA